AUGAGCGCGGGGGCUGCGCUUCCGCCCGGCCUGGGGCGCGGGCGUGACGUCAAAGGGGAGGGGCUUCCGGCCUGGCGCCCGGGAGGGGGCGGGGUCUGCGGCGGCUUCCGGUUCCGGCAGCGCCGAAGCGUGGCUUCCAGCCCCGGGGGGGUCCCCGGGGGGGGGGGUGGGGGGGGAGGGGCGGGGGGGGGGCCCGGCCGGGGGGGGCCCCGCGGGGGCCGGGGGGGCAGAGGAGGCUUCAGGGGGGGCAAGAAAGUCACAGUGGAGCCCCACAGGCACGAAGGGGUGUUCAUCUGCAGGGGCAAGGAAGAUGCUUUGGUGACCAAGAACCUGGUGCCAGGGGAGGCUGUGUAUGGGGAGAAGAGAAUCAGUGUGGAGGAGGGCGAUGCCAAGGUGGAGUACAGGGCCUGGAACCCCUUCCGGUCGAAGCUGGCAGCUGCCAUCCUGGGGGGCAUCGACCAGAUCCACAUCCGGCCGGGGGCCAGGGUGCUGUACCUGGGCGCCGCCUCGGGCACCACUGUCUCCCACGUCUCAGACAUCGUCGGCUCGGAGGGCGUGGUCUACGCGGUGGAGUUCUCGCACCGCUCGGGCCGGGACCUGCUGGGCGUGGCCAAGCGCAGGACCAACAUCGUGCCGGUGAUCGAGGACGCGCGGCACCCCCACAAGUACCGCAUGCUGAUUGGCAUGGUGGAUGUGAUCUUCGCCGACGUGGCCCAGCCGGACCAGACGCGCAUCGUGGCCCUCAACGCCCACAACUUCCUGCGCAACGGAGGUCACUUCCUCAUCUCCAUCAAGGCCAACUGCAUCGACUCGACGGCGCCGGCCGAGGCUGUGUUCGCUGGGGAGGUGAAGAAGAUGACAGCAGAGAGGAUGAAGCCCCAGGAGCAGCUCACCCUGGAGCCCUACGAGAGAGACCACGCCGUGGUGGUUGGCGUGUACAGGUCGGUACCGGUCCGUACAGGUCCAUAUUGGUCGGCACCGGUCCGUACCGGUCUGUACCGGUCCAUAUUGGUCGGCACCGGUCUGUACUGGUCUGACUCCAGUUCCCCCUCCCCACCCCCAGACCUGCCCCCAAGCAGAAGUGAAGCUGCUGGGGGCUCACUUCCGGUGUGCCUCGCCCGGACCAGAAGUAGCUCGGGGCCCAGCCGCAGGAGCUCGUGGAAGCCGGACCGGAAGUGGGCGGGGCUUGGGCCAGAAGUGUGA